AUGGCUCACGCUAACGUUUGGAACUCUCACCCCAAGUCCUACGGUAAAGGUUCUCGUCAAUGCCGUGUUUGUGCUCAUCGUGCUGGUCUCAUCCGCAAGUACAACUUGAACAUGUGCCGUCAAUGUUUCCGUGAAUACGCUAAUGAUAUUGGCUUCCAUAAGGUAAUGAUAAAAGAUGCUUUCUAUUUGAUGGUUGAGAUUAUCUGA